AUGACGGAUUGGCACCCAUUGCGUCCAUUGGAUGAUACAACAAGCACUGCUUGGUCCACAUACAAUGAAGAAGCUGAGAAGCGCGCUAAGAAUAUCCCUUGCGCAGCAAUGCCAUCGUUGGAUCACCUCAAAAUGAAAGAUUUUGAAGAGGUGUAUGAACCUUCCGAUGACACUUAUCUCCUGCUGGAUGGCCUGCAACAUGAAAUCACAACAGGCACUUUUUCUAAUUCUUCUUCCCCUCUGAUUGCAGAGAUUGGUUGUGGCACAGGAGUGGCGUCUGUCUUUUUGGCUUCUCAACUAUUUCAGCAGAAUCAGAAACAUAACAAGACUGACGGAAUGCCAAUGGUUAUUGUAACAGAUAUAAAUCCCAAGGCUCUGCAAGUAGCCAAGGCCACAGCUGCAGGUAACAAUGCCAUGAUUCCCUUUGAAGCAGUUCAGUGCGACCUGGUAUCGGCAUUAUUGCCACGUUUGGCACAAUCUGUCGAUGCACUGAUAUUCAAUCCACCCUAUGUUCCCACACCUGACGAUGAAGUUGGCAGCACAGGGAUUGAAGCUAGUUGGGCAGGAGGAGAGAAGGGGAGACGAGUGGUGGAUCGGGCAAUUCCCAAAAUGGCACAAAUUCUGGCCCGGCCACGGGGAGUGGCGUACAUGAUCACAGUUGACGACAAUGAACCAGAGGUAUUGGCCACCUUAUUUCGAGAAUUGGGAUUGCAGAUGAAGCCACUCGUCAGACGGAGAGCCCACAAUGAGUUUUUGACACUGCAAAAGAUUACAUGGACAAAGAUAGAUAGCAGCGGCUAG